AUGGGCAUCGACCUGCUAGCUACACAAAAUAACAAGAAAAUGGUUAACACCCACCUACCGUUUCCAAAACAUUUAACGGAUAAAUGCCUCUUCAUCUCAGCAGAUCAACUGAAAAACAAAUUGGAUUCAUUAGAUAAACAAGACUUAUUAACUUUUGAUCUGAGGCCGGCUGAUGUAAGAGUUCAACCCUUUUUUGAAAAUUCUGUUCCUAUUUUGCUUCCUACUACUUUAAUGAAAAGAAAAUCAUUUACAUUUGAUCGCGUUCUAGCAACCUUAAACGACUCUGAUAGAAAACGUACGUUAGAAAAGUUGGCUCAAAAUAAUGUUAAUAUUCUCAUAUUUGAUAGUCCUCCUAUCCUAAAUACUAACCAUGUCUCAAUGCCAUGUCAUGAAUUUUCGAAGAAGUUGUUAUUUUCAAAGUAUAAUUUUGACAAUUUAUGGAUUUUAACUGAAAACAUAUCAGAAAUUCAAGAAAGAUCUCCAACCUGGUUCACAGAGUCUGAAAACCCAAAAUGCAAGAAGCAAAGUAAGUUUGACUUGAAAAUAAGUUCGAUGCUCAAUAAUCCAAAUGAAAAAUUGUAUUGUCGAACUGAAAGCAACUCAGAUAAUCUCAGCUACUAUAUCGAUGCUGUUACCAAAAGAGAGCAACAACAUUUUCAAAAUGAGAAGAGCUGUUUGAACUUCCAAAAAGAAUAUGAAAAGUACAUCUUACCUAAUAGUCAAACGAUAAUAGACAAACUUAUACCGAAAUGGUUUCAAAUGUCAGUGCUAAAGCCCAAGGUUGAUAUAGUAUCCCAGUUUCAAAGAAUUGAAGAAUUAGAAAAGAAGAGAUUAGUAAGAAUAAUGAAUAAAGGAAACAACUCCAAAACUUAUCGACGUUCAAGACAUCAUAGUGGAAAUUUUAAAUCGCGCCCUUUAGUGAUUAAGACUCAUCGAAGAUCAUAUUCUCAACCUGAACCUACCAUUUCUAUAAACAGAAGAAUGUGGCUUAAUUCGAUGGAAAAUGAUGAUGAGGAUGAAAAGGAUGCACUUUCAGUGUCUUCCUAUAUCGGAUUUGGUUUUAAAAAUAGAUUUAAGAACAUUUUUCCAUAUGAACAUUCCAGAGUAAAAUUAAAAGGAAAUGGUGUAUCCACUAGUGUUAAUGAUUAUAUUAAUGCUAAUUAUCUGUGUCUACCUAAUUUAAGCGAAUUUUCCUCCUAUGGCAAUGAAAUUACUCAGAAAUCAUCAUUUAAUUACAACAAAGAGAACUUAAAUGUGAGGUACAUCGCGACUCAAGCACCAAUGAAGUCCACCGUCGGAGACUUUUUAUCUUGUAUUUUAGAUAAUGCAAUACCUUUAAUUGUGUCCUUAACAGACUCUACAGAAAAUGGCAUUGAAAAAUGUUACACUUUCUGGAAGGAUAUGUCUUUCGAGGAUAAGAAAGUCAUUGUUUUAGAACAGUAUAACCUGCAAUUUUCUGAAACCCAAAAAAGUAACUUCAUCAGAAUAAGAAAAAUAAAGGUAGUUUCAAAUACUGGUCCACUGAAAAAACAUACAUUCAUUCAGAUACAAUUGACCAAUUGGGCAGAUUUUGGUUCAUCGAUUAACCCCCUGGAACUAAUUCAGUCCAUCAAUUUUAAAAAUGCCUACCUCCAGAGGCUAGUAAAGAGAGGUUAUUUUAAAAAAGGAGAAAGGCCGACAAUUUUAGUUCAUUGCACUGCUGGGUGUGGCAGAACUGGUACAUGGUGUUCAGUGGAUGCAAUUCUUUCAAAUCUAGAAAAUUUUGAAUUUUUAUUUCAGGAAUUUCAAGAGGAGAGAUUAGCCGCUGAUGUACUUUAUGAUCCAGUCAGCUGGACAAUCAACAUUUUCAGAAAGCAAAGGGUAUCAAUAGUUCAAACUGUCAAUCAGUUUAUUUUUAUCUACGAUUGCCUGGUGACCUACUUUAUAUGUGUUCUAAAAAACUACUUUGAAGCUUAUCCAAUGACAAGUUUACUUGAUGAAAUAUUUCAGAGUUCGUGA